GUGUGCCUGCUGUUAUCAGUAUUAUUAUUUGUUCACUCAUCUUGCGACAGCAAAACAGCACAACUGAAGUAAUACGUUAAAGUAUAACAAAUUUUUUGAUUUAAAAUGGCUAAAGCUGGUAAUCCAUUUAAUAUUCUGCGUAGCAUCUACAACAAUGAGUUCCAGUGGAUGUUGGUAAAAAGUUUUGGUAUGUUCUUUCUGGGCGUCCGCAUUGCCAAGGAAUUUGUGGGCGUUGAAUUGAUGCCCACUGUGUUGCCGGCUUAGUGUUUUUAAAAAUGACGAGAAAAAACCAAAUUCACUAUGUACAAAUAACAAGAUAGGGGGCAGUUAACUAAUUAUAAUAAAAAACAGAGAAAACAG